AUGGCCUCACCAGCUUCGCCUCCAUGGACUCCCUGCACCGAUCUCCCGAAAGUUGCUGAAUUAUCAGCCACCAGUCAAUCCAAGCUAAGGCGCAGGAUGAGCCUUCUCCAAUACCGCAGACGGCGGGGGAAAGGCGCCAAAUACGGCGCCAAAUCAGCAUCAGAAAGUCUCAGCGAACAGCUCAGGUCCACGUCUUUAUCCGACGGCCCAUCCAAAAAGAGGGUUAAAUCAGAGGACAAUGCUUUGUUGUCUACCACGAUUUCGCCCAACGAAAUAAGCUUCAAUGAGCGCAGAAACAACAACGGGUAUCCGGAUUUGCCAUUUGAACCAGUGUUCCGUGCGGGUAUUCUAAUAUUAAUCACGUCCCCCGAGGGACAAGUGUCUUUGGGAAUGUGUGAUGGAGAGGGAAGUGCUUCGUGGAUCAUCAAAAGGAGGCUCAGGCCAUCGCGGAAGCUGAAGGAAGAGCCGUAG